CCGCGGGCGUGGCCAUCUAGAUCUAGGCUCAAAGCAACCCGUGCUCCCAAAGCAUACUGCAAUACAGCAUACAACAACAAGAGGGGCCGCACUGGGAGCUGCCACAAGCAAAAGGCAGUACAUCUGACCUCUAGGAACAUCUGAUUUGCAUACCUUGUUUAUUUAGGAUGAAAGGAUGGUAACAUUUGGAGAUGGCACAAGCAGCAGCAGCACAUCCGAGCUCCAGGUACCCAAGGUCCAACACUAGGUCGUAAAUCAUCACAACUAAAAGUCUAAACGACGCGGUUUAUUCUUCUGCGCUUCAAGCUAUGGAACGGGAAGGCUGUAAGGGUUUGCCUGCGAUAGCAAAGAAGCACUUCAGCAACAUAAGCUAAAGGGCUACACUUGUUUCCGAAGGAAAUUUGAGUGAAAAAGACACUUAACAAAACGGCUCGGUAUGGAAGCUGCUGUAGUAUCUGGAAUAUUGAAGGUUGUCGGCAGCAAGCUAGCUCCACUGCUAAUCAAGGAGUACAGCUUGAUAGUUGGUGUUCAAAAGCAUCUCGAGGAGCUAAACGAUCAAGUUCAGGAGAUCAACUGUUGGUUGGAAGCAGUAGGAGAUGAAGUUGCACGAAAUGGUCCAGCACUUAAUUGGCUAACAAAAUUGAAAGAUAUAGCUUAUGGUGUUGAUGAUAUUGUUGACGAGUUUCAGCUGGAGGCUGAGAGGCAUGAUGCCCACGGUGUUGGUGGUGUUGUGUCCAACUACUUGUACGCAAAACCAAAAUCACUUAUACUUCAAUGCAAGGCAGCCAGCAAGCUCAAGGCAGUCAAAAAGAGAUUUGAUGGAAUUGUGAAGCAAAGAACUGAAUUCAGUACAAUAGCAAACAGCUUACUAGCUAGUCAUCCUGCUCGUGAUAUGAAUCAUAAUACUGCGAACAUGACAUCAUUGCCUACUGUGGAUGUUGCAUCAGUGCUCGGAAGAGACCAAGAGAAGCACCAAAUAAUAUCUGAACUGGUAGAGACUAAUGACCAACAAAGAAUCAAGACUGUUUCCAUCAUCGGGCUUGGUGGCUCUGGAAAAACUACAUUAGCUAAGCUGGUUUUUAAUGAUUGUAGCAUUAUAGAGAAGCAUUUUGAAGUCAGACUAUGGGUUCAUGUGUCACAAGAAUUUGAUGUUGAAAAGCUCAUCAAGAAACUGUUUGAAGCUUUUGCUGAUAACAAUCCCGGACAGCAUGCACUGCCGUAUAUGAGCAAAACAAUCUCAGACAAGUUGACUGGAAAGAGGUUUCUGCUUGUAUUAGAUGAUGUUUGGAGUGAGUCCCAAAUCCUGUGGGAACAAUUCAUGGUAUAUCUGAAGGUUGGCGCACAUGGAAGCAGGAUUUUAGUCACUACCCGUAGUAGAAAAGUUGCAGAAGUAGAGGGAUCCGCAUACCAAUUUGACUUGCCAUUUUUAUCUCUAAAUGACAGCUGGAAACUAUUUCAACAAAGCUUAGUAAUGCCCCCUGAAGGUUUGGGGAUUGAAUUUGUAGAUGUCGGAAAAAAUAUUGUGAAAAAAUGUGGUGGGGUUCCACUAGCAAUUAAAGCUCUUGCAGGUGUCCUCCGUGGCAAGGAACUGAUAGGAGAAUGGCAGGCUAUGAGAGACAGCAACUUGUUGCAUUUUAUGGGUGAAGAACGUGGUGUAUCAGUAUCUGCAUGCUUGAGGUUGAGCUAUUUCCAUUUGUCAUCUCAUCUGAAACAGUGCUUCACAAUAUGUUCAUUGUUUCCCAAAGGUCACAAGAUUGAUAAAGAGCAAUUGAUUGACCUAUGGAUUGCUCAUGACAUGAUCACUCUUGAGUCUGGUGUUGAUUAUUUGGACUAUAUUGGCCACAAGUGCUUUAAUUCUCUUGUGAAAAUGUCUUUUCUACAAGACGUGAAUGAAUAUUAUGGGAGAGUGACAUGCGGCAUGCAUGAUUUGGUUCAUGAUCUUGCCCGGUCCAUAUUGGAUGAUGAGAUUUCACUUGAUGUGCCAAAGGAUCCGAUCUGUUCUACCAAGAGCUACAGAUACUUUUCUUUAACUGAACAGGCUCAAAAUCUACCACCCAAAAAUCUUUUUCAAAAAGCACGUUCUAUAUAUGUUGAUAAUUGUGAUGAUGCAAUAUUUGGGGCAUUGAAGAACGCAAGACACUUGCGCAGUAUCACCAUGGGACCUAUUCAUAUGGAAGCAAUACCCAUUGCGAUAUUGCAGGUAAAGAAUCUAAAGUAUCUUGUGAUUUCAAGCCUGCGAUGUGAAGCACUCCCAGAAGCUAUUUCUGAUAUUUGGAGUUUACAAGCUCUUCACGUUACAUUUAGUGAUCUUCUCGAGUUGCCUAAAUCCAUCGGUAAGAUGCAGGAGCUAAGGAAGCUGAACCUAUUCUGUUGUAGGGAGCUAAAGUGUUUACCGGAUUCUAUUGGUGAUUGUCAAAUGAUUUCAAGCAUUGAUCUUUCCUAUUGCAAGAAACUCAGAGUGUUGCCUGAAUCUAUUGGCAGAAUCGAAAAGCUAAGAGUUUUGAGACUAGGUAACACCAAAAUUGAGAGGCUACCAUCAAGUAUCACAACACUGAGAAAUCUGGAGUGUCUGGACCUUCACCAAUGUUGCGAACUGGCAGAGUUGCAUGAAGGCAUCAUCUACUUGGAUAAGCUUCAAGUUUUGAAGCUUACAUAUUGUAAAGAAUUGCGAGGCAUGCCUGUUGGCAUAGGACAGCUUAGUCGACUACAAAAGUUGGGUUUAUUUGUUGUGGGUGAGGGCGAAAAGUUUGCAGCAAUUUCUGAGCUUGGAAAUGUAGGUUGGAUCAGUGAUGAUCUAACGAUAAGAGGUAUUGAGCAUGUGAUGGAGCCGGAUGAUGCACACAAGGCAUGCUUGAAACAGAAGGCAAACUUACGAAGGCUGGACCUACAGUGGAGCGCAUGUGUCAGGGGUGAAGAGAGCACUAAAUUGGAGCAGGCGGUACUUGAUGGUCUGGAACCGCCACCAGGGAUUAAAAAGCUGAAAAUUAACAGGUAUUCAGGUCGGGAAUGUGCCCGGUGGAUGCAGAAUCAAGCUGGUGGCGGCGUACAGGGGCUUCCUUACUUACCAUUUUUGAAGGUGAUGAAGCUAUAUGAUCUCCCAAACUUGAAGCAUCUGGAUGGGCUUGCGGAGCUGCCUUGUUUGGAGGAGCUUGAGCUAGAGUAUAUGCCUUCUCUUGAGAGCAUAAGCGGAGGCCCAUUUCCUUCGCUGGUGAGGUUAGCUAUGAAUGGACUUCCUAGUCUGGGAGAGGUGUGCAUGGUAGCCGAGAAGAGCAUGCCUGAUGGAGAAGAGGGAGGAGGCUGCAGCAAUUACACACCUCACUUGGGAGAAGUCCUCCGAGUGGGCAGUUGCGUAUCGGAUGUGGAUAUUCGUGGGUGUCAUAAGUUGGAGGUCAAGCCGUACCUGCCUAUGUCGCUACAGCGCUUGGUUUUGCACCGGACCAAUGAACAACUGCUGCAGUCGCCAUGCGAGUGCAACGGGUCCUCUUCGUUCUCCGGUUUUAGCCAUCUGAAGAAGCUUCUGCUACGGGACAUUACAGGAUGUGGACGUGGGUGGGAGCUGCUGCAACACAUGACGGCGCUCGAGUCUCUGGAUGUGGCCUCAUGCUCUGCUAUUGACACGCUGCCCGAGUCGCUAGGGGGACUCCGGUCUCUGCAACUGCUGGCCAUCGAGUCUUGCGAAAGCCUUUGCGGCCUUCCCCAAUCAAUGGGUCGCCUCACAUCUCUUCAGUCUCUGGAAGUGAGCGGAUGCUCUGCUAUUCGCAUGCUGCCCGGAUCGCUAGGGGAACUCCAGUCCCUGCAAGAGUUGACCAUCAUGCAGUGCAAAAGCCUGAGCACCCUUCCCCAGUCAAUGGGUCACCUCAUAUCCCUCCGCUCUCUAACCGUGAACUCAUGCUCUUCUAUUUCAUCGCUCCCCAAUUCGCUAGGGGAACUCCAGUCUCUGCAAGAGUUGACCAUCCGGCGCUGCAAAACCCUGAGCAGCCUUCCACAAUCAGUGAACUCUGAGCAGUUAUCAUGUUUAGUCUGA